UCAUUUCAUUACAAAAUCGAUCGCAUGAUGGCGCUGCUGUUUCUAUACACUACUUGGUCGACAGGAAGGUAGUCGUCUAGAAAAUUAAAAUUAUUUCAAUUCAAUCGAUUAUAGUUUGGCCAAAAAAUAAGUGUUAUCUGACUCCAAAAAACAAAAAUUAAAGUAUUGCGUAUUCUCGUCCUGGAUAAAAUUUUCUUAAAAAUUGUUGGUUUUUAAUCAAAAUAUAAAAUUAAAAAAUUCCAUAAAAAGUAAAAUGUGUACUAUCCGUGAGUCUCUUAAGAGAAAUUGUGAACAAAAUAAAUAUUUGCAAUGUUAAUAAUAGUGUAAAAUGUACAAAAGGAUAAGUAUUUGAUUAAAGGAUAAAAGACAAAAAGGAUACAAGGAAUAAAAAGAUUAUAGAGACUACAUAUUUUGUAAAGCUAACAAUAUAUUGCAGAACAAAGCACCAGCUACACAAAAGUUCGAAAGACAAUAAAAACCAAACCGACCCAAUAUAGAUACAAUCUACUUUACCGUCAGACAACGAUAACAAUAGAAAUUCAAUCGUUUGUGCGCCAUAGGAUUAAAAGCAAUAGUGCAAGGCAUAACAAAAGAUCCAAGCACACCUAAAGGAACAAACAAUCAUGGACCAAUAUGGAAAUGAAUACGGUGGCGGGGGAGGUGGCUAUGGGCAGCCAGCAGGUGGUGGCUACGGACAGCAGCCUGGUGCUUAUGGACAACAGGCUGGAGGUUAUGGUCAACAGACAGGUUACGAACAAGCUAGCCAAUAUGGUGGAGGGUAUGCACAAGAUGGUGCUGGAGGUGGCUAUGUUGACUAUGGUCAAGGCGGCGGUGGUGGUGGUGGUAUUGGAGGUGGUAUCCAACAGCCUUACGGGGUUAAGGCCAGACCUAGGGUCGAUGUUGAAGCCGAGGGAGAAGUGGAUCCAUCUUUAUAUCCCGAACCGAAAGAGGCAACGCACAAAAUUCGAGGAAAAUCUGAUGUCAUUGAGAUGAUCUUCGGUCCAGUAGACCAAGAAUUGCUCGUCGUCAAGGGCUUCUAUUUCUUUUUCUAUUCGGCUUUUGGUUCUCUGUUUCCAUUGAUGGGAGUUUAUUUCAAACAAAUGGGAAUGAAUCCGGGCCAAUGUGGAAUUCUCAUAGGAAUGAGACCUUUCGUUGAGUUCUUGUCGGCACCGUUUUGGGGAUCAUACGCAGACAGAUGCAAACAAGGCAAAAAGCUGCUUAUAGGCUCCCUGGCAUGUUGGGUUCUAUUCACACUGCCCUUGGGAUUCAUCCAACCAGAGGCUGUGAAAUGCAUCGAACAAAGAAAUCAAACGGAUUUUGUAUUGACGACAACUAGAGUGAGACGCGAUGUAUCACCAUUUGAAGGAUUUGAAACGAGCUCUGAAUUGUUCCAUGAACAUGCCCAUAGACCUACGGAAGUCGUCAAAAGGAAACGUCGGUCAGCCUUUCCUUUUAGAAUUGAUGCUGGAAUUUCUCCGAUCCAUGUGAACUUUGCAUCGAACUACGAUGAUAAGCACCAUAAGGACUACGUUAGUCCCAUAUUUUCAUCGAUGGUUUACCGAACUCCGGACAUUCAAAAAGCUUUCUUCCUACUGCUUCUGCUCAUUCUCAUCGGAGAGUUCUUCAGUGCUCCUGCGAUCACUCUUGCCGAUUCAGCUGUAAUAACGCUACUUGGAGAAGAUGCAGAUAAAUAUGGCCAUCAACGUAUGUUCGGGUCUCUAGGCUGGGGAAUUUCCAUGUUCUUUGUGGGCAUCGCUUUAGACCAUUCGACCUCAUUUCCCGACCAUCCAUGCGGGCCCGAGCGACAAGAGAAAAACUACACCAUUUGUUUUGCAACAUUUUCGGUUCUAAUGACUUGUGCCGUAAUAACAGCAACCCAGAUUACUUUUAAAUACGACUUCUCUGAACCUGAACAAAAGCCCUCAGACAAUAUUGACUUGAAUCGAACUGCAGAGGACGAGAUGCAGAAUCAGCUUGCAGCUCAGCUUAAUCUGCCUUCACUGGCUGUUGGAAGUGGUGGGGCUUCGAGUGGAAUUGCUCCUUUGAAUCAGCCCAACAUUGGCGCACAGUCGAAAAUGUUUGCUCAAACAACGAGAGAAAUGCCAGAGUGGUUAUCGGUAUUGCAGCAUUUUAAGGAUUUAAAGUGUGCCUCGUUCUUGUUUGUAGCCUGGUUCAUGGGUUUCGGAAUUGGCCUUAUAUUCACGUUUCUGUUCUGGCAUUUGCAAGAUUAUGGAGGCUCUCCAACGCUGUUUGGUAUAGCUUCGGUCAUAAAUCACGUCUCCGAGAUCUUCGCAUAUUUCUUCAGCUUUCGAUUAAUCACUGAAAUCGGACACGUGAAGGUCUUGUGUCUGGGACUGAUUGGAAAUGUUAUGCGAUUUUUGUACAUUUCCUACUUAACUAAUCCUUGGGCUGUGUUGCCAUUCGAAUUGAUGCAAGGAAUAACUCAUGCAGCUGUUUGGGCGGCUUCAUGUUCUUACAUUGCCCACAAUACACCACAGCAUUUAAGAUCGUCAGCUCAAGGUGUCCUCCAAGGAAUCCAUCAUGGACUGGGACGCGGAUGUGGAGCGAUAAUUGGAGGAAUGUUUGUAACUUAUUAUGGAACAACUGCGACUUUCAGAGGAUACGGUGUUAUGUGUCUGGUUGUUUUGGGAGCAUUUAUUUUCAUUAACUUUUAUCGAAAAGAACAAGGCUUUAUAUCAGAGAUUCCUGCUACUGAGGAUCCUCAUCAGGUUGCUGAGGAAACUUCUCACUUAGCUCCACAUGGUGUUCCAAGUAAUCCAAUACCUCGAGCACUGUCCAAUGCCCGACUCAACGAAAUGAAUCCUCAAAACGGAACCGGCAACACCUAUGGAACUUAUCAAACGACCGGUGGUAACUUGGAUAUCCCCGGAGCGAAUCCACGCAAUCCAUUUGCUCAGUAAUUUUCCAUCCAUUUUUGUAUACAUGAAUGCAAAGCCUUUUUGUUACUCAUGUAGUUUAAUUUUAUGGUAAGCUUUAUUUGCAUAUUGAUAAUAUUUUGCAAAACAAUACUUAAUGGGAAGCAACAAAAUAAGAGUUAAAUCUUAAAAAAUAAAUUUAAAAAAAAACAUAAAACAUAUCUUCAGCAGCAGCCUGCCCUUAAUUUAAAAAUCGUAAAAGAAAACGUAUAUUUUUUUGCUUAUACACAUAAAAUAUGUAGAUUUUGAAAACACAGUUA